GUCGUCUUAUAAGCGUGGGUCGACUGCCUCUGUUCACAAGUCACCCGCCAGCUCUCGGAGAUAGUCAGUCAUGGGUUGGGGAAUCAAAUGCAGCUAUGAAGAUGAUCGUUAUGCUCUCGACGAAAUUGACAUCGGUAUUGCCGAAUCCGGAGGAUCGUAUUAUGUCCCGGAUGAGAACAUGCACAAGUGCAAGAGAUGCAUGUUGCAGCCGUGCAUCACGUUUGUGGGUUUUGGGGUGAAGAAGAGCGACUACCUGGUCAAGUGCAACUGCUGGCCCCCCGCUGUGUUCAUACCUAUAAUCAGCCUCGUCCAGGUGAAAAUAUUCGUGGUAUAUGCCGCUGAACUUGCCAAAACCAACACGCCAGUCACCUUCGCCAGCGGGUACCCGCACUACAGCCCUCUUAUCUACCUACCAGCCAAACGCUACGAGGCCUGGAGAUUCAUUACCUACAUGUUUAUCCACAAUGGGUGGUGGCACAUUGUGAACAACCUGAUAUUCCAGCUGGGAAUUGGGCUGUCCCUGGAGAUGGUGCACAAGUGGUGGCGUGUGAUGAUUGUGUACCUGUGCGGCGUCAUAGCGGGCUGCCUGCUUCAUUCUGUGAUAGAGCACGACUUAGCCCUGGUUGGGGCGAGUGCUGGAGCCUUUACACUUGUGGGUGCACAUCUAGCUGUCGUUAUCACGAACUGGAAAGAGAUGCGAAUGAGAUGUAACUGUGAGUGCCUCGACAAAGAACUCAAAAUGCCCACUGGUCCAUUUCGCCUGGCCGUCAUCCUGCCUCUUGUAUUCUAUGAAGUAGGCCGUGCCAUCUAUCAACAUGUUAUGGAAAAGGAUUCCUGGAGGAUCGCUGUUGGUGCCCAUCUGGGAGGUAUUGCGACAGGUAUAUUACUCGGAGUGCCAAUCUUAAAGAACAUGAAGAGGCACCCAUGGGAGACAAGGCUUGGAAUCGUCACCUCUGUAGUGUUCGGACUCGCAGUGCUGUUUGGAAUACUGUUCAACAUUUUCUACAAAGGUUACCCCGAAACCGACUGGGAUUAAGGAACUCAGAUUUUUUCAGUUUAUUUUUAUACUUAAUCGAAUAUCUUUUUGCAGCAGAAACUAUCAAUUGAUUUUACACUUUUGUCUUUAGACUGUUGUUAUGGAUUUUCUAGUAUGCGUACGUGUAUAUAGGCUGUUUGAAGCAAUGGUUAUAUAUUUGUUAUUGUGUAAAGGAGUGAGUGAGUGUGUAAGUGAGUGUGUGAGUGAACCGGGUUCAAUGCUGUUUUGAACAUUAUUCCCGUUAUAUAUCACAGCGUGCCAACCCGAAGUGAUGCAACAUUCGCCAUUCUGGGAAACCAACGAGAACGGGUAUAUAUGGAGCUCACAAAAGUAGAAACAUAAUCAUGCGAACUUGGAUUCGAUCCUUGUUUAAUUGAGAUAGUAUUGAUUGCUUUUAUUAGUAUUAUGAAAUUUUGGCUCAAUUGUACACGAUUCAGUAUACAUGGGUAUUUUUGCUAUAUUACAGAUCUUCUAACAUUCAUAUGAUUUUGUUGUUCCGUAAAACCCCGUUAGUGUGAACCUCUUUUAUACUGCACUCCGCCAUUCCGUACUUUAACUUUGGAACACUUUCAUAUACAGUUGCCCACCCUCAUUAUUUGUUGACCCCGUUUUAGGGUCUGUAAGUCUCGCGGUGAGCUACUUCCGGUACUAAGCUGGUUCCCGACUCCUUUGCGCGUGCCAACUUGCGACAUUCGAGACUGGACCCAGCUUACUUCCAAGCGUAUAUUCAAGAACCAGUUCUGGUUCCAAAUUGCGCGACCGCCAAAUAUGACUUUACUAGACCGGACCAAGUGUACAUCCACGCCUGACUGUCACAGCUGUCGACAGUCGUAAUAGUUGGCUAAUUUGGGGAUGGUUAGGUCGGAAAUUUGUUAUUCCUGCAAGGAUUAUCGCCUCCUUACUGUCAACUGACAAUCAUCAGACCAUUCGAAAAGGUAUGAAACGUUGUUUGUCACCGGAAGUACUAAGGUCUCGCGAAGUGCCGUGACCUACUUACAGGCCCUAUACGGAAGGUAUGGAUUUGAUUAACUGGGUUUACGCGCGGUUUCACCUUUAUUAUUUAUAACUUGUUUGCGGAAUUUUUGUUUGUUACAAUUGAAGUGUUUCUUUUUAAUUUCUCAUUUGUUUUGCAGUGGUUGUCACAUUAAGAAUUGUCCCCACCAUCUAUAUUUUUCUAAUCCAAAAUCUGUUUAUAUAUAUUUUCUACAAAUCAAACAUAUGACCAAAUUGUCAUGUUAUACUUUGUAUUGAAACUUUCGACAUUAUUGUUCAUACUUUUGACAAUAAAAGCAUCUACCUUGA